AUGGCGGAUUCAACGAUGGCGAUAUCCGAUCUUCCACGGGAUACGUUAGAGGAUGUGCUUUCUAGGGUGCCGUUGAAAUCUCUGAGAUCAUUGCGAUUGACUAGCAAAAAGUUGAACACUUUAUUGAAAGAUGAGAGAUUUACAAAGAAGUACGUCACUGAUCAAGCAAAAGCGGCAGCGGAGAAGGAUGAGUUUCUGGCGAUCAUGGUUAUGGAUUUUAGGGUUCAUUUAACGAGCGUCAAUAUCGACGACAGUGGUUGUACAUGUAUAAAUCGACAAGCUGAACUCAUUAGCCCAAACAAUGCAAACCCACGAGUCGAUAUAUCUAGAGUUUUUCACUGCGAGGGUUUAUUGCUAUGCGUCACCAAAGGCAUCAAGUCGAAGCUUGUGGUUUGGGACCCUUAUAGUGGUCAAACAAGGUGGAUCGACCAACCCAGAAGAACUUCUUACCACAAUUAUGUCCUGCAUGCUCUCGGGUACGAGACGGAGAAAAAGGACAAGUCUUUUUGUUGCCACAAAAUCUUGAGAUUUCUGGAUGUUUACGACCUUAACAAAAGGAGACGAGUCCGUGAGUUUGAGAUUUACAAUUUCAAGACUAGUUCAUGGAAGGUUCUUCGUGUCCCUAACAACUUCUAUGUAGAUUCCAAUCGGCGCGGCGUAACUCUCAAGGGCAACACUUACUGGUGUGGUCAUCUCAACACAUUUGUACCAGAUUGGCGUCAUAUCUUGAUCUGUUUUGAUUUUACAAGAGAGAGAUUUGGACCGCAUAUGCAUCUGCCUUUUCAAGCUGAUCGUCGAGAUACUUUGGCUGUCUCUAGUGGCAGAGAAGAACAGCUUGCGGUGUUACUACACCGGAGGGAAGCAUCGAGGCUGGAGAUUUGGGUUACCUCUAAGAUUGAACCUGAAGACGUGUCGUGGAACAAGUUGUUCUUAGAGAUGGAUACGGCAUCACUCACUGGUUUUCAGUUUCCUUACAACACUGCGAGUUUCUUCAUCGACCAGAAGAGAAGCGUUGCGGUGGUUUUUGAUGAAGACAACCUUGCGCAUAAGCAUACCUCUCGCUACAUAGCUCACGUCAUUGGAAAGAAUGGAUGCGUCCAAAAACUGGAUCUUGGCGAAUGUACAGAAAGUUUCUGCUGGCUAUUUGCUUGCUCUUAUGUUCCAAGCUUAGUGCAAAAGGAGCAACCUGUACGACGAAGCAAAAGGAAAAGGAACCAGCUUGUUCAUUAA